ACGUCAGAUGUGAUUGUGUUGUUUUGAAUUAAUAUUAGCUGAAAUGCCUUAAAAAUUAUAGUAUUAAUUUUAAGAUUUUUUGGUUCAAUAUAUCAAUGGAAAACCAAAGAGGUAAACGGGGAAAGGGAGGCCAGAAAAAUGUUUGGGGAGCUCAAAAACCUUUGCCUCGUCAGGACAACAUUGCCAAGACGGUGAAAGACAAAGAAAAGGACAGGGCAGAAGCAGAAAGGAGAUUUCUGGCCGCUAAAGCUAAAUUAGAGAGCUCGAUACAAAAACAUUUGGAAGUUGAAACCCCAUCUUCAGAUGAAGACGACGAAGAAUUGCUCACUGAUAAUAUUUUAGAAAAUGUUUUGCAAUCAUACUCAUCUACUGGUGGAAGUGACCUGGGUAGAACGACUCAUUUUCUGGAACAAGUGUUCCAGUCAGGAGCUGCAACAUGCCUCAUCUGUAUUGGAAAUGUGAAACACGCAGAUGCUAUUUGGAGCUGCGAGAGCUGCUUUUGCUAUUUCCAUUUGCCUUGCAUCCAACGAUGGGCAUCGGACUCAGUAGCUCAGCAGAAAAGAGCAGCUGAAGAACUAACUGCACCAUAUGAGCAACCACCAGUAAUUUAUUGGGGAUGCCCCAAAUGCAGAUCAGAGCACCUUCCAAGUGAUACGCCGCAGAAGUACACUUGUUUUUGUGGCCAGAGGCAAGACCCACCCUUCAAACAGUGGCUCAUUCCUCAUUCUUGCGGUGAAACUUGUCAGAAACCUCUCCAACCAGCUUGUGGGCACAAGUGCCUCCUUCUGUGCCACCCUGGACCCUGUCCAUCGUGUCCUCAGGUGGUACUAACGACCUGCUAUUGUGAGAAAAGCAAACCUCAAGCAAAAAGAUGCUCCAACAAGCUUUGGACUUGUGGAUCUGUUUGCGGUGCCACUCUCUCUUGUGGCAAGCACACCUGUGAUGCUCUUUGCCACCCUGGCGAGUGCAAACCAUGUCCAAGAACAAGCAAACAGACCUGCAUGUGCAGAAGCUCUUCUCGUGAACAGCCAUGUGCCAACCCUGCGUGGCAAUGUGAUAAGAUUUGUGGCAAGACGUUAUCCUGCGAGAGCCACAGCUGUAACAUUGUUUGCCAUCGGCCUGGCCAAUGUGGGCCAUGCCCCAGGUCUGGCGUGCAAACUUGUCCCUGUGGUAAAAGUCAGCAGCUGAAUUCGUCCUGCACAGUCGACAUUCCUACUUGUGGUGACACAUGCGGUAAAAUGCUGUCCUGCAAAAAUCAUCAGUGCUUGGAGCGGUGCCACAAAGAGAGUUGUGGAAAUUGCCUGCAAGUGUCUUUAAAAUCCUGCCGUUGUGGCUUGCACAAGAAAGAACUGCCUUGUCAACGAGAGUUCACUUGCGAAGCCAAGUGCAAAAGGAUUAAAAAUUGCAUGAGACACCCAUGCAACCGAAAGUGUUGUGAUGGUCAGUGCACGCCCUGCGAAAAGGUUUGUGGCCGCCAAUUGACUUGUGGAAAGCACAAAUGCAUGGCCGUUUGCCACUCUGGACCAUGCUACCCUUGCCCUCUUUUUGACACCUACACCUGCGCCUGUGGCGCUGCUAAAAUGACGCUGCCUUGUGGAAGGAAGAAAUUGCUCAAGCCACCAAAGUGCAACCUCAAAUGCGAAAUUGCCUCCGACUGCCACCAUCCAUCGAGAGUGCCUCACAAGUGUCAUCCAGCUGAAUGUCCACCGUGCAAACAAAUUUGCAAUCUAACCCACGAGAGAUGCAAGCAUCUUUGUCCUGCACCAUGCCACUCAUCAGUCUGGGUGACUACUGUGGUUGACCCUGACCGUCCCUUGGAAGGCCCCUGGGACAGACGGCAAGUUGUCAAAGAAAAGAAAGCGCUGCCCUGUCCUGACUGUCUGGUUCCUAUGCCAGUCAUUUGCCUCGGAGGACACGAAAAAGCCGAUUGGCCUUGCUUCAAAGCCAUCCCUUCCUCAUGCGGAAGACAGUGCGGGCGAGCUCUUCAGUGCGGCAAUCAUCAAUGCUCGCAACUUUGUCACAUUGUUAAGGACGCUCCUGAUGCACACAAGGCUGGGAAAAAUUGUUCCGAGUGCGAGUUGCCAUGCCAACUCAGCCGACCAGAGGGUUGCUCCCACCCAUGCUUGCUCCCGUGCCACCCAGCUCCGUGCAAGCUCUGCACCAAAAGCCUCAAGCUGAAGUGUCAUUGCGGACUGAAUCAAUUGCUCCGUCCAUGUCAUCAGUGGAUAGCAGCAAACUCCAGCGAGGACAAGGACGAGUUGGAAAAACUGCUAAGCUGUGGCAACCAGUGUCCGAAAGAUUUCGCAUGCGGACACAGAUGCCAGUCAGAUUGUCAUUCUGGGAACUGCCCAAACCCCGAGUCUUGCAAGAAGAGGGUCAAGGUCUUCUGCCCAUGUAAAAGGCUGAAAAAGGAUUACCAGUGCAGUGCCGUGCGACAGGGAACGGCUUUUCUUGAGUGUGAUGAAGUUUGCAAAGAAAAAAUUGCUAAGGAGAAAGAGGAGAGAGAAAAGGAGAAAGAAAAGUUGCGUCUUGAAAAAGAGCGUAAGGAUAAGGAGGAGUUGGAGAAGUUUGAAAAGUGGCAGCAGGGCAAGAAGAAGCCUGGUCGAGAUAGACGACGGAAGGAAAGCGAAGAAGUAAAAUUGACUUGGCCUCAGCGCUACCUCAGAACCAUCAUCAUGUCUACACUUGCUGCAAUUGUCAUUGGUUUUUUCAUCAAUUUGCUUCAAGCUCAAAAUUAGAAAGUUCUGCUUAUUGGGCGUCUAUAGAGUUCUUUCAGACACAUUAUCUUAGAAGCACGGCUUUAUCACCGAUAAUGCUUUCAGCAGGAUGCAUGCGUUUAAGACACACCCUGCUGUCAGGAGCAAAUAGAUUGUACUACACAAGCUCAAUUUUUUAUAGACAGUUUAAUGUAGUUGUGUAGGUUUUGACAAGAGAAUGUGAUUUGCUGAAGUUUUCGCUGAAUAAAGAUAAAAAGAUAGUA